AUGGUCUCCCUUGGUUUGAGUGAUGUUCCAAGGUUGAGACAUGGACACAAGGUUAUUUGGAGGAUGAAAGCAGCGGUGAAGAGAUCUGUUUAUGUGGAAAGAAGAAAGACCUUGGGGAAGUUUAUGAGAGGCAAGCGCAGAACCGGGCAGCUCUCCCUGUCCACAGUCUCCGCUCCUGACGGCGGGCCGGCGGCCUGCCUCUCCUCUCACCGUCUCACGUCUCUUCGCCUCCUCACUCCUCAGCCCUACGAGGCGCGCCACCUUCCUCCCUCCUCUCGUCGCUGGCCGGAGCUUGGAGGGAGCCUCCUCCUUCUUACCGGCAUUGGAGGUUUGAUUUGGGUGAUCUAUAUAUUGUCACCUGCCAGUCUGUCGAUUGAGCUGGAUUGUGCCUGCCAAGGUUCGGUCAAUUGAAGGCACAGUGGUUGAAAUAGGACUCACUUUUACUUCGUUGAUCAGUCAAGAAAAGUUUCCCUUCACAAGUUGCAACUCUGUUCUCCAGCCAGG